AUGUCAAAGGAAGAACUGUUGGAUAAACUUAAUGUGUAUUUGAACGACAGACAACUUGCUAUACAGACAAAAAAUGGAGAUGCAAACGGAUUUCCAGUCCAAAAAUCAUUAGAUUCCAGUUUGAAAAAAAACACUGCUUUUAUGAAAAGAUGCAGAACUUCUUUAACUGCUGAUAAUUAUGACUUAUUCAUUAAAGAAAUUAAGUCUCUUUCGCUGGGAAAGUUUGUGCCUGAAAUCACUUUGUCCAUAGCUGAAGGACUUUCGAAAUGCAGGUCCGUCAAGGAUAUCCAAGCCGCUGUGAAGAUUGUGUUUUUCCUUUAUCAAAGGUUUUCGGUUUCAUUUAUAAGACCGCUAUUGGCUAAUCUGUAUUCUAUGCUGUAUCCUUCGCCUGCAGACUCGAUCUCAGGAAACCUUGUUAAGUCCGCGUCCGCUGUUGCGGUAUCUGAAACAAUUCCUAACAAGGGGAACAGUAUUAAUGCUGCAAAAACAAGGGCCCUUCUGAGAAUUUUCGUUGAAUUCUGGCUCCAUGGACUUGUUCGUACCCCCGACGAUUUUAAAGAUCUCCUUCCUGCUGUAUAUACUUCUGGGAAAAAAUUCCGUAAAGGUAUGCUUGAGGAGAAAGCACCUCAAACUCCAAUAGUUGUUCUCUUGCUUGAAGAUGUACUUGCGGCCCCCUCAAAUUUUUCUUUAUUGCCAAUCGUCUCCUCAGUAGUCAGGUCAUACAGGUAUGAACUGUUCUCUUCUUAUGAGGCAUUACCUGGUGAAAAUGAAAUAAAUCAACGUAUCAAUAGCGUUUGUGAUUCUCACUGGCGACUUCAACUUCGAAUCCAACUUGACCGUUAUUAUCAAGAUUUAAUUGGUUACAUUGAACUUCGCCAGCAUGAAUUUGAAGAAUACCGGGAUCGCCUCAGCGAGCAAGAUUUUUUGGAGAACACAUUGGAGGGUACUUCAAAUAAGGCUGAGGAUUUCUUGAAGUCUAUUGAAGGCGAUAUUGCGAAUGGUCUUUCUAUAUGCGAAGCUUUAAACCAAUCGUUUCCUUCAAACAUAAAGGAAAUGCAAGACUCUUUCCAUAAAAAGCGAGAGGAAGUAAUGAGUAUACAAAAUAACAUACUUAAUGCAGAAGUUCUGGUUCAGACAGGUGCUGUCCAACUGUGGGAUUCCGAAGAAGAACAUCGAUUUUAUGAAACAUUUCCUGAACUACCGAAUUUAGAGUUUGUCAAGAAGAAAAGCUUUGAGACCAAUGGGGAUCAGGAAACAAAACCAGAAGCUUCUACAGAAGAUUCUCAAAAGCUUACUAAACCAUCCAAGUCUGUUAGCGUCAAGAUUGAUAAUCUUUUGCAGACACUUCCGAAUUUCAUGUCAGCCGAGCAAGUCGAUCAAGCUGCUUUGGAGUUUCUUUUUUUGAAUACUAAGGCUUCCAGAAAUCGCCUUAUAAAGGCCUUUUGUAAUAUUCCCAGAACAAGUUCUUUUCUGGUCCCUUAUUACAUUCGUUUUGCUAGAAUUGUGACUCCUCUCGCUCCAGAGAUUGCAUCUGCUCUCGUAGAGCAUGCUCGUGGAGCAUUCCGUCGCAUGAUGAAUAGGAAAGCGAAACAUGAGUAUGAUACUAGGACUUUAAUAGUUCGCUACGUGUCAGAGCUUACAAAAUUUCGUCUGAUGCCCUUUUCUUAUGUGUUUGACUGUUAUAAAAUGUGUCUGCUAGACUUUACUUCUUUUGAUCUGGAAGUUUUGUCCUUGCUUUUAGAAAACUGUGGUCGGUUCCUUUUUAGAUUUCCCAAGUCUUCUCUACAAAUAACUUCAUUGUUAGAAGCUGUUCAGAAAAAGAAGCUAGCUGCUGCUCUUCCCGCCCAAGAGCAGCUAAUAUUGGACAAUGCUUUGUAUUUUGUGAAUCCACCAAAGACAAGCUCUGAAAGGGUCAGGAAACGUCCCUUAAAAGAAGAGUUUUUGAGAUACAUCUUACACAUUCGUCUAAACGAAACAAAUUUAACUGCUACUAUAGCUUUACUUCGAAAAUUCAACUGGAAAACCGAUUUUGAAAUACUAUACUCGACAUUUAUGGAAGUAUGGAAUAUGAAGUAUGAGUGUUUAAAUUCUUUUGCAAGCUUAGUUGCUUCUUUAUAUAAAACACAUCCUGAUUUUUGCAUUUAUGUCAUUGAUGACACGGUGGAUUCACUUUUAACAUCCAUAGAUUCUAGCAGUUUUGGCGAUAGCCAGAAGCGAUUGGCACAAGCAAAGUUUUUGGCUGAGCUUUAUUGUGUGAGAUUACUAGAUGUAAGAUCAAUUAUCGGAAUUUUAUUCUAUCUGCUCCCCCCAGACAAGUUUAAGAAUAUUCUUCAGUUUUCUCCACCUGGUGCCAUAAGUAAAGAAAAUGAGUUGUUUCGACUUCGCAUGAUUGCACUUUUUCUGUCAACGUGUGGUUCUUCACUUGUACGAUCAAAGACCAGGAAGACGAUGCUGACAUAUUUAUUGGCCUAUCAAUGCUAUUUUCUAGCGCAACCAGAGGUUCCUUUAGAUAUGCAGUUCGAGUUUGAUGAUGUGGUUCCAAAAGUUCGCCCUAGUAUGAAAGUGUAUAAAAAUUUCGAUGAAGCAUGGACUGCUUUGGCUGAAAGAAUACAAAGUGGAAUAGACGAUCAUGAUCAAGAUGAUGAAGAGGGUUCUAUUGUUCAAUCAGAAAAGUCAAAUGAAAGUGAAAAUGAACUUGAAGCUAAUGAUUGGGAAGACAACGAAGAAAAUGAAGAUUCGUCGGAUGACUCAGAGAGUGAAGAGGAAAUCAGCAUAGAUAUGGAUGAUCCUGAAAUUUUUAACAGCGAUGAUGAAGAGUUAGACGAAGAGCGCAUUCACACAGAUGAAAUAGAUGAAGAAUUAAAUCGGAUGAUGAAUGACAGUUUAUCUUCGAGAGCUCAUGAAAGGGGCAUUGCUUUCGAUGUUCCUCUUCCUUUAAGAAACACAAGUGGAGAUGCUUCCUUUUCAGAUCUAAAUAACUUGUUAACGGAGAAUGAAGAAAAUGUAAAGUUUACACUCUUAACCAAGAAAGGCAACAAACAACGUUCUCAGGUGUUGGAUGUUCCAUACCAUUCGGUGCUAGCUCAGUCUACCAAGUCAAGACAAGAAGAAGAAUUGAUGGAACGGAAACGCAUGAAAGAGAUGGUGCUAAACUACGACUAG